AAAGUACACAAGUGCUGCGCUCAGCUGACAAAAAGUGCAGCAACUCGAGAUGAGCGCGGCUCCAUCCGGACCCUGAGUGUUUCGCAGCCGCAGAUGAGCUGGGCGGUGAUAAGAAGAAGCCGUAGCGCCGCGUCGUCCGCUCGCCGCAGCCAACUUUGAUUUCCUCGGGAGUGUUCGCCUCUGGCUUCACCGGUAAGCGUUGGAUCCGUCAACAUACUGCGACUCUCCGGUGUUCAGCCCGGACCUGUGCCCGAACAUGAUCGCCACGCAGGCAAAGCUGGUCUACCAGCUCAACAAGUACUACAACGAGCGAUGCCAGGCUCGGAAGGCGGCCAUCGCCAAGACCAUCAGGGAGGUUUGCAAAGUGGUCUCAGACGUCCUGAAGGAGGUGGAGGUCCAGGAGCCCCGGUUCAUCAGCUCCCUGAGCGAGAUAGACGCCCGCUACGAGGGGAUGGAGGUCAUCUCCCCGAAUGAGUUCGAGGUGGUGCUCUACCUCAACCAGAUGGGUGUCUUCAACUUCGUGGACGACGGUUCCCUGCCGGGAUGUGCGGUGCUGAAGCUGAGCGACGGCCGCAAGAGGAGCAUGUCGCUCUGGGUCGAGUUCAUCACGGCGUCCGGCUACUUGUCCGCCAGGAAGAUCCGGUCCCGGUUCCAGACGCUCGUGGCCCAAGCCGUGGAUAAAUGCAGCUACCGAGACGUGGUGAAGAUGGUGGCGGACACCAGCGAGGUGAAGCUGCGGAUCCGGGAGCGCUACGUGGUCCAGAUCACCCCCGCCUUCAAGUGCACCGGGAUCUGGCCCAGGAGUGCCGCUCAGUGGCCCAUGCCUCACAUCCCGUGGCCCGGCCCGAACCGAGUGGCGGAAGUGAAGGCGGAGGGAUUCAACCUUUUAUCCAAAGAGUGUUACUCCCUCACGGGGAAGCAGAGUUCGGCAGAGAGCGACGCCUGGGUGCUGCAGUUCAGCGAGGCCGAGAACCGGCUGCUGAUGGCCGGCUGCAGGAAGAAGUGCCUCUCGGUGCUGAAGACGCUGCGGGACCGGCACCUGGAGCUGCCGGGUCAGCCGCUCAACAACUACCACAUGAAGACGCUGCUGCUGUACGAGUGCGAGAAGCACCCGCGGGAGACCGACUGGGACGAGUCGUGUUUGGGGGACCGGCUGAACGGGAUCCUGCUGCAGCUCAUCUCCUGCCUGCAGUGCCGCAGAUGCCCCCACUACUUUCUGCCCAACUUGGACUUGUUUCAGGGGAAACCGCACUCGGCCCUGGAGGCUGCGGCCAAGCAGACGUGGAGACUAGCGAGGGAAAUCCUCACGAACGCAAAAAGUCUGGACAAGUUAUAAGCUCCGGAGAUAAAGCACUGACUCUCCACAGAAAAUGUGAAAAGACCACAAAAAGACUCAAACACUGUUUUCUUAGGAGCGAUCGGGCCACAGACGGAGAAAAUGAAGGUAGAUACAUGUCAACACUUUCACCAAGUGAAGAAACUUUUAUUUAUGCACACGUGAGGAGAAAAUGUAGCGUGCCAACUUUUCCGUAUGUGAUUUAAACCGAAGAAAUGUUAAUAAAAUGAUGCGAAUUCAACGACACAAGUAGGCCCCGUGUCUU